UCCUACCGAGUCGUUUGUCUGUCCAACGACCACUGACCAUCUUGCCAUACUUCAGAGGAGUGUUUGCCAAUCAUAACGAGAUCUGUGCCGUCGGAAGUUGAUCGCUGGAGGACUUCCCCGCACUUCUCAUCCCGUACCGACGAGCGAUUUCGGGUCAAAUAGAUCAGCGAGGAUGACAUUUUGCGGAGGAACCCUUCUUCCUUCUUUAUCAUACUGCUUCGCCACCUGGCAGACUGACUUGAAAGACACUAGCUGAAAACACUAACGAGGCAAACAUGGCACCCGCUCUAGAUGUAUACGAUGCGUCAUCCAAAGAGAACCGCUCGGUGGGCGCCCUGGGCAUGACCACGUCCGGCAAGAAACUCAAGAUACGAGCAUAUCCCCAGUUCGAUUCACUCGAAGAAGAGCGAUUGUACCGCAAGCAGCACUUGGCUGCGGCAUUCCGUGUGUUUGCAGACAGAGGCUUCGACGAAGGCGUUGCAGGGCACAUCAGUGUCAGAGAUCCGAUACUUAGGGACCAUUUUUGGCUGAACCCUCUGUCAAUGCACUUUUCCCAAAUCAGCGUAUCGGACCUGAUCCUCGUCAAUGAAGACGGCGAGGUUGUCAUUGGCGACGAACCCAUCAACGCCGCUGCCUUCGCCAUCCACUCGGAGAUCCACAAGGCUCGACCGGACGUGGACGCAGCAUGCCACGCACACAGCGUGUACGGGAAAGCAUUCAGCGUGUUUGGCCGUGAACUCGAUAUGAUGACCCAGGACUCUCUGCGUUUUUACAAGUCACACGCUGUGUACGACAACUUCGGCGGCGUCGUGCUUGACCGCGAGGAGGGAAAACGCAUUGCCAAGGCUUUGGGAAAUGGCAAAGCAGUCAUCCUGCAGAAUCACGGCCUCUUGACGUGCGCAAAGACCGUUGACGCCGCGGCUUUCUGGUUCAUCAGUCUGGACAAGACGUGCCAUGCGCAAUUACUUGUUGAUGCGGCGCAGGCGGGAAGUGGUCAUAAGAGGAUCCUCAUUUCGGAUGAGGAGGCUGAGUUCUCGUACUCGCAGGUCGGGACGGAUGAGAAGGGAUGGUUGGCUUUUCAGGGGUAUUAUGACGAGCAGCUUUCUAAGACGAAUGGGAGCUUCUUGAAGUGAAGAGGGUAUUCACUACUGGUGUGAAUGCUCGGCUUCAGGAAAUACGAACUUGUUAUUCAACGUACGUCUUGAUGAUAGCGGAUACGAUGUCAUGCCAUUUGGAUGUAUAUCGUUUGUGCCCACGUAGACGAGAGACGUCUGCCAAUUUCUCAUUAUUGGAGAACGACCUCUCUCCAACCCAUUGAAAUCAAGUCUGCGCGAGGUGGACUGACAUGUUCGUCGUGAUCUUACGGACAGAACAGUAUGCGCGAUUGAAGGUGGAUAAACAUCGAGUCGCCGCUAUGUUGUUGCCAUGCUAAGCUUUACUCGUAAAGCAGCAGGCAG